CUGCAGCACAAUGACUGUAGAUGGAAAAAAAGAACCUCCUCCCUACAUCGUACCUGUUGAAGAUCAGGCAAGCGGGGUGAAGGUUUACCAUGUCCACACUCCGUUCACCCCUCCUCCCUCCUCACAGGAGUCCAUGACUCAGGUCACACCAGUGUACACCAGCGGAGGAGGAGGCGUGGGUUCAGGUCUCGAUUCUGAAGAUGGCAGAAGGAAAUUUGUGAGCUACGACACGGCGCUGGGGAAUUCUCCUGGAAUGACGACCUGCACAUCCUGCCAACAGCAGGUCAUGACCAACGUUACCUACAAAGCUGGAACUUACGCCUGGCUGAUGUGCUUACUCUUCAUCUGCUGUGGAUUAGUCCUGUGCUGCUGCCUGAUUCCAUUCUUCAUGAAAAACUUCAAGGAUGCAUACCACACAUGCCCCCGCUGCAACAGAGUCCUUCAUGUCGAGAAGAAAAAAUGCUGUAAAUGACAGACAUGAAGGCAGAGCUGGACCCAUUGAAAUAAGACAUAACAUCCUGUUACUUUUGUCUGCAGUUGCCCCGUCUUAUGAAAUUGUUGAGGAAAGGUUGCAGUUCAAAUGUAGCUUAUUUCCAUGGAUGAGCCAUUGCACAAAGCAAAAAUCAAACAUGAAUGACUUCCAAGUUACAUCAUAUUAUUAGCAACAG